CUAUACUAAGAAAAAGAAUUCAACAAAAGCUUAUGAUAACUAUUGUUUUAGCCAAUCUUCUCUUAUCUUAUUCUCCACCAUACAAAAUUAUACUCCAUAUACUACCUCAACUCUGCAAACUCUUAAACUAACAACAAAAGGCGCAAAACAUAGAAACAAGUAUGGCUGCCAAUGCCAUGACAUCCUUACAUUGUGGGGUACCCUCCCUUAAUCUCCAACAAAAAAGGCACCUUGUACCAACCAAACUAUUCCACCAUAGCAUGACAAGAAAGAAUGACUUAAGAACCCAAAAUCAGAUGCAAAAGAGAGGUGUAAAUGUGGUAAGGAGCCAAAUCAGUUUAGGAGAUUUCAUAGGAGGUGAUCUUCUUAAACUUGAUUUAGGGACAUGGUUAUCAGAUGUUGAGGAGCACAAGGCUCUUGCUAUAUAUACCCCACAUGAGGGUGGUUAUGAAGGUCGGUACUUGAAUCGACUGCGCUAUCAGGGCUACCAUUUUCUUGAUGUAUCAGCUCGUGGCCUUGGUGAUGUCGAGGCCACUCUCACUAAGGUUCACCCUGUCUGUCCUCCUCAUGUAGGGAAGCAACCGAUAGCGAGGUGGUGGUUUCCACCUGAAGUUGAUUAUAGGCUUGAAGCUCUUCCUGCUGAUGCUAAGGGCCUUAUUGUUUGGGUCAUUGAAGCCAAGGUUCUAUCUAAGUCAGAACUGCAAUUUUUAGCUCUACUCCCUUCUCUUCGACCGAACGUGAGGGUUAUAGCAGAGUGUGGCAACUGGAGGAAGUUCAUGUGGAAGCCACUAAAGGAGAUUGCGGGACUAGCUCCUCUACAGGAACCGUGAAAGACUACUGGCUGAGAACGGGUUGGGUUGACGAUCCUCGGCCUUUGUCAAUGCUUUGAAGCUCACUUGCGAUUUGAUUGCGCCUUUCCUUCAAGAAGUUGAGCCGGGUAGUCAGUUUGGACAGCGCGGAAGUGGUAGAGCUACUUCCCUGUUAUAGAAAUAUGUACAAUUCCUCUUUUAGAAACUUAGAUUUCAAUUCUCAACCAUUCAUUGUAUGUCUUAUGCAGAUGUUUAGUUGAUUUUUCAUCAAAAUGCAUGCUCCCUCGUUCCCUAUUACCACA